AUGUCUGAACAGGUCAGAAAUUAUUGCGGGCCCAACUCGAGCAUGUUCCAAGGGCACAGAGACCCAUAUGCCAACGGCGACAACUUCAGCGCAGGACGCGACCACAAUAACGGGGAUCUGCCCCGACACUCUGACAGCACUCCGAGUGUAUCAGCCAACUACUACUCAAAUAACGCCAAGCACUCGCAGAACACUUACUAUGGCAGUACGCAUAUCGACACGACCACCAACAGUACGCCGCGGAUCCAAGGAAAUCCGUCGCUGUGGUCUGGGUCGACGAAUAGCAACGGGCAGAGCAACUUUCCGUUACAGCCAGGGCAAUGGCUGGGUUUGGGAGGCGGAACAUCGCUCUCGUUCGACCCAGCGACAAAUCAACCGCUGUUGCUCGUGAACGAUCCGCACCCACAGGCAGGUGGGUUCGUAGGAUUGAACGGGUUCCCAAUCCAUUCGAACACCGAGGGAGGCACGUUAGUCACCCCUCAACAAAGUUCCCCAGAACUGCAGACAUGGCUCCAUGAUACCCUCCGUGCCUCCAGAGUUGCUAUCCACUCGACACCAGCACCCGUUUUUACUCCACCUCCUGAAGAAGGUGCCCCUCCUCCUCCAUUGCCCGCUCGACAGUACACGGUCCUACUGAAAAAUGGCAAGUUUCUCGGAUUUUACUCGUCUGAUAGUGAGCCGCAAAAGCCCACGCCUGGAGCUCCGAGAUCAACUAGAGUAAAGCGACCACCUGAGCUUCGAAAGGCCAAAGCUGCUCCCAAACCCUCGCCGGAACUCAAGGAAGGUGUUUAUCGACCGCGCUCGAAGAGGUUGCACCAAGGUUUGGGGGCUGUGGAUCUAUCGGAUCCCAAUGAGCAGUCGGCCAAGCGAAGGAACCUGGGUCCCCGUCAGGAGACGUCUCUCCGUCCUAGCUCUGAAAUCGCUCAGCCUUCGGCUUCGGACAGUCGCCCCAAGUGCGAGCUGAAAAGCAACAACCCUUACCAUCCACUGCGACGUUUAGAACGAGAACCGAUGCCGACUGGAGAAUGGAAUAAAUGGGCUGGUGUGGUCGCAUCAUUACCUCCCGAAGCAUCUGAGGAACCGCAGGCCUCUUCCUCUUCGACCAGGCCUCCUGCAAUUGAAACCUCCCAGCGGACCAUUGGCUCUACCACCUACAACUAUGCCACUAUCAACCAUCGUCGAGACAAGCCACAACGCGUGAAGGUGAAUCUGAACGAUCUCCUGCGACCAUCACGACCACCUGCUAGGAGUGCAGACUCCACAGAAGGUUCGGUCGCAUCGACCAGCGAUCAAGAAAUGGAGGAAGUUGAAGAGAUCGUUUUGAACAAUACAAAACUCCCCGGCAGCGACGCUACAACGCCAUUGUCUUCGACGACGGGCAGAUCGGAUAGGUCCAACUCGAUCGGUACUCCUCCUGACGAUAAGAAGAAACCCCGAUGGCAUCGGCUUUGGUGGCGUGGCUGA